AUGCCCUUCAUUGAACUGCCAGUUGAUGUUAUUCUGUCUGUGACAGCGUUCCUUUCAUACGUCGAAAUCGCGUCUCUAAUUCGCGUCAGUCAAAGCCUCGCGCAUCUGCUGCUACCUUACCUAUACAAUCCAAUUCUCAAAUCGGCAAGGACGCCGCAUAAUCCAUAUUAUGGACUGCCCUGGCCUUCCUGGACAGAUUACAUCGGAAGAUGGCGCUCCCUAGCGAUACUGAACUACUUUUAUGAGACACCAGUCCAAAAUUUGCAAUACAUCGGUAUGCACAGGGCCAGUCUCAUCCACCUUGCUGCUAGGGAGAACAACUUCGAACUUGUCGAGGUACUCGUGCAGAAAGGGUUUGAUCUCAACAACAGAGACUACUUUGGCCGAUCACCCCUGCAUUACGCCUUGGACUAUAACCAAGAAGACAUGGCCCAUUUUCUGCUCGAUGCUGGAGCAGAUGUCAUGCAAGCGAAGGGGUAUAGCCUUUUGAUUGCGGCGGAGAACUGCUCCCUUGACAUAGUAGAGCGUAUCAUCGAGCAGAUGGAGACAGUGGAAUCCCCUUUUAGGCUUUUACAGUUUACGGGCUUCUCGAUGGAUAGCACCGUCCAAACUAUCAAGAACCUUGCUCUCAAUGCAGCAACAAUAAGGGAAUCGGGAGCGAUAGCUAAUCUACUUCUUGGCUACGGAGCCGAUCCCAAUUGGCAGAUGAAAUCGGACCUAGCAAUAGAAAUAUUUAGAAGAUGCACACUUGGAAUGAAGCUCUGA